GAGUUACAUUCGGUGAGGCAGAUACACCCGUGUCCAGAGACGUUGUAAGAGAAAACGAGACCCUCAAGAUCACUAUGCCAACAUUCCUGAGUUGGUUACAGAGAAAUUCUUUUGUGAGUAAUUGCUGUACAUUUUGGACCCAAGGAAGGAUGGAGACACCGCUCCCCAAGGCACCACAGAAAAGGCAAGUGACCGCCAUUAUUUUCCUAUUACUGCUGUGGGAGGUGGGCAGUGCGCCCUUGAAGUAUUCUGUUCUAGAGGAGAGAGAGAGCGGCUUUUUUGUGGGCAACCUAGCAAACGAUUUGGGGCUGAGCUUAGGAGAUCUAGUUCUAAGGGGUGUCCAGAUUCUUUCCAAAGGGAACAAACAGCUUUUUCAGCUGGACCAGAAGAAUGGAAAUUUGCUGCUAAAAGAAAGAUUGGAUCGGGAGGAGUUGUGCGGGGACAUCGACCCGUGCAUACUGCAAUUCCAGGUGUUACUGAAAAACCCAGUGCAGUUUAUUCAAGGUGAACUCCAAAUUCAAGAUAUAAAUGACCAUACGCCAAAAUUCUUAGAAAAUGAAAUCCACCUUAAGGUCUUGGAAAGCAGCCAUCCUGGGACACUCUUUCCAUUGAAAAUAGCGCAAGAUUUGGACAUAGGAAGCAACACAGUUCAGAACUAUGCCAUCAGUAGCAACUCUCAUUUCCACCUUCUCACCCGCAAUCACAGCGACGGCAGGAGAUACCCAGCGCUGGUGCUGGACAAAGCGCUGGACCGGGAAGAGCAGCCUGAACUCAUAUUAACACUCUUGGCACUUGAUGGUGGGUCACCGCGCAAGACUGGGACUUCCCAGGUUCUCAUUGUGGUCAUGGACAUCAAUGACAAUGCCCCAGAAUUUGCUCAGAGCCUCUACCGGGUGCAGGUUCCAGAGAACAGCCCUGUGGGUUUCCUUGUCAUCACGGUGUCUGCUAGAGAUUUAGAUGCCGGGAUACACGGGGAGCUCUCCUACUCAAUUUUUCAAUCCUCAAAUCAAGUCAUUCGGACCUUUGAAAUCAAUACACACACAGGCGAAAUUAGAUUAAUAAAACGACUGGAUUUUGAGGAAAUUCAAUCCUACCGUAUGGAAAUUGAGGCAGCAGAUGGCGGCGGUCUUACAGGAAAAUGCACGGUAUCCAUAGAAGUGUUGGAUAUAAACGACAACGCCCCUGAACUGACCAUGUCAUUGCUUAUCAGUGACAUUCCAGAAAACUCCCCAGAGACUGUGGUCGCUAUUUUUGGAAUUUCAGAUCCAGACUCGGGAAACAAUGGGAACGUGAUGUGCUCCAUUCAAGACCAUUUACCCUUCCUUCUGAAACCCACUCUAGAAAAUUUCUACACUUUGGUCACAGAAGGAGCACUGGACAGAGAGAGCAGAGACGAGUACAACAUCACCAUCACCGUCUCAGACAUGGGCACACCCAGGCUACAAACGGAGCACAACAUAACAGUGCAGGUGUCCGACGUGAACGACAACGCCCCAGCCUUCAGCCAAACCUCCUACACCCUGUUGGUCCCAGAGAACAACAGCCCCGGCCUGCACAUAGGCACAGUGAGCGCCACAGACACAGACUCAGGCACCAAUGCCCAGAUCACCUACUCGCUGCUGCCGCCCCAGGAAGGCGACCAAGACCCGCAGCUGGCCCUCGCCUCGCUGCUGUCCAUCCACGCGGACAGCGGGCAGCUGUUCGCCCUGCGCGCGCUGGACUACGAGGCGCUGCGGGCCUUCGAGUUCCGCGUGGGCGCCGCCGACCGAGGCUCGCCCGCGCUCAGCAGCCAGGCGCUGGUGCGCGUGCUGGUGCUGGACGCCAACGACCACGCGCCCUUCGUGCUCUACCCGCCGCACAACGCGUCGACGCCCUGCACCGAGCUGCUGCCCAGGGCGGCCGAGCCCGGCUACCUGCUCACCAAGGUGGUGGCGGUGGACGGCGACUCGGGCCGCAACGCCUGGCUGUCCUUCCAGCUGCUGCAGGCCAGCGAGCCCGGGCUGUUCAGCGUGUGGGCGCACAAUGGCGAGGUGCGCACCGCCAGGCUGCUGAGCGAGCGCGACGCGCCCAGGCACAGGCUGCUCGUGCUGGUCCAGGACAAUGGCGAGCCGCCGCUGUCGGCCAGCGUCACGCUGCACGUGCUGCUGGUGGACGGCUUCUCGCAGCCCUACCUGCCCGUGGCCGAGGGCGCGCGCGACCCGGCGCCGCCCGACGCGCUCACUGUCUACCUGGUCAUCGCCCUGGCGUCCGUGUCUUCGCUCUUCCUCUUCUCUGUGCUCGUGUUGGUGGCGGUCAGGCUGUGCAGGAGGAGCGGGGCAUCCUCGCUGGGCGGCUGCUCUCUGCCUGAGGGCCACUUUCCUGGACACCUGGUGGACGUCAGCGGGGCGGGGACGCUGUCUCAUAGCUACCAGUAUGAGGUGUGUCUCACUGGAGGUACUGGGACAAAUGAGUUCAAAUUCCUGAAGCCCGUCAUCCCUAAUCUUCAAAUACAUGACAGUGGUGAAAAUGUGCAGGAAAAGAACUUUCGGAAUAGCCUCGGGUUCAAUAUUCAAUGAUAUAAUAAAUCGCAGGUGAUGUUUCUUCUUUGGAUUUGAGAGUUGCUGAGGCUGCGUUUUCAUUUCUCAUGCUCUUCUCAGUCUGUUUAAGAGUCUUUACCAGCCACUGUGAUGAUGUGAAAAUAAGUCUACUUCCUGUUUUGUUUCAUCAGUGUUAUCAAAACGGAGUUAGUGCUGUUUUGUAGUUAUGGUGAUGUUAUUAUGCACGGCAAUAUUCACAAUCAUUUGCAGAUGGUAACUAAAGUAUUUACAGCAAAUAUAUUGAUGCUAGAGAUAGGGCUCAGUGGUGGUGUACAGGUUUGCAAAAGGCCCUGGGUGGACCGACAGCACCACAGGAGGAAAAGAGGGAGGGGGGCAGAAGAUAGGAUAUGGGAGUUAGGAAAGAUGGGAAAGAGAAGCAAGCAUCAGCAUAUGGGUAAGUUACUUUCAUAGGCCUUCAAAACAAACUAAAAAUGUUUAAUGCUGAAUCCUAAUAUAAAGUAUAUUGGGUUAAUUGUACUAUUCUAUGUAAAAACAAUAAUAAAAAGUAAAAUCAUGCUAAGCCCAUAUACUUCACAACUUCUUGCGUCAGAGUCCCUACAGGAAAACAAAAGAAAAUUCCACCUUUGGAGCUAAUUUCAUGUUUAAUUAGAAAUCCACCUUUAAUCACAUCGAUGAAUUAUAGUAAUCAUGGAUGUAUCUCUAAAUUCUCAACCCUUUAGUUCACAAAAGAGAUUAGGUAUUAGCACAUAACUGUCAUAUUUAUAUAGCCACUUAUUGCUAUUACACGUUCUAAAACAUUCCCCACCAUUUUUUAGCUAUCUUACAUAGUGUGG